AUGGCAGAGGUAAAAGAAUGGUUAGAAAUGGAGCCGGAAAUUCCUGCAUUUCCAUCACUAAAAGUGUUGAAAAUUGUAGAUUGUUUCAGUCUAAACACUGUUCCAAGAAUGAGUAGGUUUUCUUCUCUCGAGAAACUCAAGAUCGCCGAGUGUUUUCAGUUGGGUUGGAUAGGCGAUGAACCAUUUCCCUCUACUCUAAAGAAACUAACACUAAGGAAUUGCCAUAACUUAAGGCUCAUUCCCCAUUUAGACGGUUUGUCCUCUCUCUUAGAAUUAAGGCUGCUAAAAUGCUACGGAUUAAAAAGUUUACCAUCUGGACUGUCAACAUGUAUCUCUCUUAGGCAAUUGUUCAUAUAUGAUUGCAGUAAUCUGGAGUCAAUUCCAGAAGAUGUAGGGAAACUAAAUUGUCUCGAGAAAUUGUGUAUUUGUUAUUGUGGAAACUUGAAAAGGCUCCCAGAAGAGAGCCUUGGGUGCCUCACAAGUUUGAAGAGAUUGCAAUUGGGUCCCUUCUCUAAAGAGUUGGAGGAAUUCCCAGGUCUUGGUUCCAUCCACCACCUCCACUCUUCCCUUAAAGAAUUGAGGUUGGAUGCACGGGAUAAACCAUGCUCUUUGCCCGCACUUGAAGAGUUAGAUAUUCGGUACUUCAAUGGACUCGAAGAGUUGCCAGAGUGGUUGGGAAACCUCUGCUCUCUGCGAAUUCUAUGUUGUUGGAGUUGUACAAAUCUGGUGCAUCUGCCAUCCAAGGAAGCCUUGCAACGCCUCUCGAAUUUGCAUUUAGUCCGCUCACCAUUUGCUAAUGUUAUAUCUACAGCAAAGGCUGUCGAAAAUUUGCAGACGCCUAAGAUGAAUGAGAUGGGAAAGAGAGGAGGAUGA